AUGCGCUCGAGGCCGCAUCGUGUUGUCCACGACCUCGCCGCCGCCGCCGCCGGUUCCUCUCCUGGCUCUUCGGGACCUUAUCGCUGGUCAGAGAUCCCGGAAGAGCUUCUGAGAGAAGUUCUGAUCCGGGUUGAGGCAGCUGACGGUGGCGAUUGGCCGUCUCGACGCAGCGUGGUGGCUUGCGCCGGCGUCUGCCGCAGCUGGCGGCUACUCAUGAACGAAACCGUCGCUGUCCCUGAGAUCUCUUCUAAAUUGACUUUCCCCAUCUCUCUCAAACAGCCUGGCCCAAGGGACUCUCUGGUUCAGUGCUUCAUUAAACGGAACCGAAACACGCAAUCAUAUCAUCUAUAUCUUGGAUUAACCAAUUCUUUGACGGAUGAUGGGAAGUUUCUGUUAGCUGCGUGUAAGCUAAAGCACACAACUUGCACUGAUUAUAUAAUCUCUUUGCGUUCUGAUGAUAUGUCGAGGAGAAGUCAAGCGUAUGUCGGCAAAGUGAGAUCGAACUUCCUUGGAACAAAAUUCACCGUCUUUGAUGGGAAUCUUAUGCCAUCAAGUGGAUCCGCGAAGCUAAGAAAGAGUCGAUCUUCUAAUCCGGCAAGAGUUUCACGUAAGAUUCCUCUUGGAAGUUACCCUGUCGCUCAUAUCACAUACGAGUUGAAUGUGUUAGGCUCCAGGGGACCAAGAAAGAUGCAGUGCGUGAUGGAUACAGUGCCUACAAGUGCAAUGGAGCCUCGAGGAGAACCAUCAGAGUUUCCAUUCCUAAGUACUCGGUCGAGCUUUUCCAGGUCUCAGUCAAAACCAUUACGCAGCAGCGGCUCGAGCUACCUGAAAGAGACACCAUUAGUGCUGAGCAACAAGACACCACGAUGGCACGAGCAGCUACGUUGCUGGUGCUUGAAUUUCCAUGGCCGUGUCACAGUGGCUUCAGUCAAGAACUUUCAGCUGGUAGCGGCUGCAGCAGCUGGCGGUAACAGUGGCGGUGGCAGUGGAUUGUCACCGGAGAGCCAAAGCGAGCGGAUAAUACUGCAGUUUGGCAAAGUCGGGAAAGAUAUGUUCACCAUGGAUUAUGGAUACCCUAUCUCAGCUUUCCAGGCUUUUGCCAUUUGCUUGAGCAGCUUUGAAACCAGAAUCGCUUGUGAAUGA